AGGAAAGAGAAGAUUGAAAGACAAACCUGGGUGCAGCCGGAAAGGUCCAAAUAGAUGAGCUUGUGGCAUCCAUCCCCUAAAUUCAGGGACUCCAUCGAACCUCAGCUGGGUCUCAUCGUUCCGAAUUGCAUUAGUUAAGAUUACCCAAGCUUGCAUUUCAAAGGAAUACUUUCAUCGUUCCCUCUGUCACCCCAAGUAAUUGGGGCCAGCUGGAUGUCAGGAUGCGCGUGGUUAUGGUGGUAAUUCUGCUCUUCUUUUGUAAAGCCGCGGAGCUCCGCAAGGCCAGCCCUGGGGGCUCGAGAAGCCGAAUGAAUCAUGGCCGGGCGGGUGGGAGCAGGAGAGGCUCCAACCCCGUCAAACGCUACGCGCCAGGCCUCCCCUGCGAAGUGUACACGUAUCUUCACGAGAAGUACUUAGAUUGUCAAGAAAGAAAACUAGUUUACGUGCUGCCUGACUGGCCUCAGGAUUUGCUGCAUAUGCUGUUAGCAAGGAACAAGAUCCGCAUACUGAAGAACAAGAUGUUCUCCAAGUUUAAGAGGCUGAAAAGCCUGGAUCUGCAGCAGAACGAGAUCUCCAAAAUUGAGAGUGAGGCUUUCUUUGGUUUAAAUAAACUUACUACUCUCCUCCUGCAGCACAACCAAAUCAAAGUCUUGACAGAGGAAGUGUUCAUUUAUACGCCUCUCCUGAGCUACCUGCGUCUCUAUGACAACCCCUGGCACUGUACUUGUGAGAUGGAAACGCUUAUUUCAAUGUUGCAGAUUCCAAGAAACCGGAAUUUGGGGAACUAUGCCAAGUGCGAAAGGCCACAAGAUCUAAAAAACAAAAAGCUGCGGCAGUUAAAAUCUGAACAGUUAUGCAAUGAAGAAGAAAGGGAACAAUUAGAUCCGAAACCCCAAGUGUCAGGGAGACCCCCAGUCAUCAAGCCCGAGGUGGACUCAACUCUUUGCUACAAUUACGUGUUUCCCAUACAAACGCUGGACUGCAAACGGAAAGAGCUGAAGAAAGUUCCAAACAACAUCCCUCCAGACAUUGUUAAACUUGACUUGUCAUACAAUAAAAUCAACCAGCUUCGACCCAAGGAGUUUGAAGAUGUUCAUGAGCUAAAAAAAUUAAACCUCAGCAGCAAUGGCAUUGAAUUCAUAGAUCCUGCUGCUUUUUUAGGACUCACACAUUUAGAAGAGUUAGAUUUAUCAAACAACAGUCUACAAAACUUUGACUAUGGCGUAUUAGAAGACUUGUAUUUUUUGAAACUCUUGUGGCUCAGAGAUAACCCUUGGAGAUGUGACUACAAUAUCCACUACCUCUACUACUGGUUAAAGCACCACUACAACGUCCACUAUAACGGCCUGGAAUGCAAGAUGCCCGAAGAAUACAAAGGGUGGUUUGUGGGAAAAUAUGUUCGCAGUUACUUUGAAGAAUGCCCCAAAGACAAAUUACCAGCCUACCCUGAGACAUUUGAUCAGGAUCCGGAAGAUGAUGAAUGGGAGAAGAUUCAUAGGGAUCACACAGCCAAGAAGCAAAGUGUAAGAAUCACUAUAGUGGGAUAACUUAGGAAUUGUUUUGGUUGCAACUGUUUUGAGUUUGCUAUACCAGUGUCAGAAAACCAUAUGUUUACAUUUUGAUUAACUGUGUUGCCUAUUUAUGCAGGGUUAUCCAGUUACAGGAAGGUUCCCUUAAUUAUUAUUUUUAUUGUGAGAAAUUCUAGCAACCAAGGGAAUACUUCCAUCCCGCUUGCCUGCCUGUUUGCAGACCGGCCUUUGGUGACGGUUCCACACUGGUAAACUGCGGGAGUUGGGUCCUAAUGAUAGCAUUGGAAUUUCAUAACAUCCUGUAUAUAUGUUUUUACUGCCUUUUGAAAAUAAAAUUUUAAAAAACUUG